UCAAGACGAGAGACUUGCUUGAUUUCGCAGUGACGUCACUUCUGCGGAAAGUACAGUGCAGAGUCGCCAGCGCCAAGCAGAAAAAUAUGUGGUGGACAUUUUAUUUCUUGUAAAUAUGAAGGGCUGAUAAACAAGAUCUGCUAUUUUAGGUUUCCUCCAUAACUCAUAGAUUCACUGGGAUUUAAUUUAUAGCCUACAGGCGCGCACUUAUUUUUCUAGGGCUUUUUUAUCCACCGCAUCAAGUUUGUUUACGUAACGUUUGCUAGCUAGCAGCUAGUUGACGGGCCUAGCAAGCGGUAGAGUAGCCAGCGCUAACGCUAGCUAGCUAACUAAACCCAGAAAAAUGGAUCUUAACGUCCUGGUGUGAAUUCGUUACAAAGUAAAACAUUAAUUGGAUGUCGGUAUUUAAUCUGAGGAAAAUAGUAUAACUAAUCAAGCCCAGAAUGGAGAGACCCCCUUUCAGGCAGAAUCAAGUGUGUGGACUGUGGGAGAUGAAAGAGAGGUUGGGGACAGGAGGUUUUGGUCACGUGUAUUUGUAUCAGCAUCAGGAAACCUCUGAGAAAAUCGCAGUGAAGUUGUGUCGCCUGGAGCUGACACCAAAGAACAAAGACAGAUGGAGCCGUGAGAUUCAAAUCAUGCAGAAGCUGGAUCACAUAAACGUGGUGACAGCCCGGGACGUGCCCGAAGAGAUGAAACCCAUCGCCCUGAACGAUCUUCCCCUCCUGGCGAUGGAGUACUGCUCCAAGGGAGACCUGAGAAAAAUUUUGAGCAAGCCGGAGAAUUGCUGUGGAAUGAAAGAGAGUGAAGUCCUGUCCUUACUCGGUGAUGUUGGGUCAGGCAUUCAGUAUUUACAUGCAAACAAAAUUAUCCACAGAGACCUGAAACCAGAGAACAUUGUGCUGCAGGACAUCAAUGGGAAGUUAGUUCACAAAAUCAUAGAUUUGGGUUACGCCAAAGACCUCGAUCAGGGGAGUCUCUGCACGUCCUUUGUGGGAACCUUGCAGUACCUGGCCCCCGAGCUGUUCGAGAACAAGCCUUACACGGUGACGGUGGACUACUGGAGCUUCGGCACCAUGGUCUUUGAAUGUAGCUGUGGCUUUCGCCCCUUUCUGCACAAUCUGCAGCCUGUGCAGUGGACCACUAAAGUGCGCAACAAAGGGCCAAAGGACAUCAUGGCCGUGGAGGAGAUGAACGGGGAAGUGCGCUUCUCUACGCACCUGCCCUACCCCAACAAUCUGAGCAGGACGCUGUCGGAGCCCCUGGAGGUUCUGCUGCAGUUGAUGCUGAACUGGGACCCGGUCCAGAGAGGAGGGGGAACCCAUCCAGGAACGCAGCAGCCACAGUGCUUCACGGUUCUGGACCAGAUUCUCAGCAUGAAGGUAGUGCACAUCCUGAACAUGACCACGGCGCAGAUCCACUCGUUCCAGCUGGCCCCGGACGAGAGCCUGCACAGCCUGCAGCAGCGCAUCGAGGCCGAGACCAAGAUCGACCUGCUCAACCAGGAGCUGCUGCAGGAGACGGGCGUGAUGCUGGACCCCCGCAAGCCCGCCGCGCAGUGCGUUCUGGACGGAGUGAGGGGCUGGGACAGCUACAUCGUCUUCCUGUUUGACAAGAGCCUGACGAAAUACUCUGGCCCGUUCACUGCCAGACCGCUCCCAGAUAAGGUCAAUUUCAUCGUGCGGGAAACCAAGACCCAGUUGCCCCUGACAACGCUGAAAAAGGUGUGGGGGGAGGCGGUGAGCUACAUCUGUGGCCUGAAGGACGACUACAGCCGCCUGUUCCAGGGCCAGAGAGCGGCCAUGCUGAGCCUCCUCCGCUACAACACCAACCUCACCAGGUGCAAGAACCACAUGUUCGCCGCCUCGCAGCAGCUGAAGGCCAAGCUGGACUUCUUCAAGAGCAGCAUCCAGUACGACCUGGAUAAGUACAGCGACCAGAUGCAUUUUGGGAUAUCCUCUGAAAAGAUGCUGAAAGCUUGGCAGGACAAUGAGGAGAAGGCAGCUGCGUUUGCACAGGUGGCCGAGGUCAGCCAUUUGGACGAAGAGAUCAUGUCGCUGCACUCGGAGAUCGUGGAGCUGCAGAGGAGUCCCUACGCCCGUCGCCAAGGAGACAUCAUGGAGCAGCUGGAGGAGAGGGCGAUAGAACUCUACAAGCAGCUGAAGAUGAAAUGCAGAAACGCGCUGCCGGAGCCCCAACAUGGCUACAGUGACAGCUCUGAAAUGGUGAAGGCCAUCCUGCAGACCGUGCAGAACCAGGACCGCGUCCUGCGGGACCUCUACGCUCACCUAAGUAAAAUCUUAAUCAGCAAGCAGAAGAUAAUCGACCUGUUCCCCCGAAUCGAGAAGGCUCUGGACAGCAUUAAGGAGGCCGACAGCACGGUUGUUCAGAUGCAGAUUAAGAGGCAGAGGGAGUUUUGGCACUUGCUGAAGAUUGCCUGCGCUCAGAAUUCCACACGCAACUCCAUAACCACCAGCUCGGACGUGUCCAAUCCCUCGACCUGGACACAGGCAGCCCAGCCAGUCAGCAACCCCCAUCCUCUCAUGUCCUUACCGGGGCCCAACGACAGUGACGCUGUGCCUCGAUUGCUGGAGGAGAACCAGAAGUACCUGAACCAGCUCAGCAGUUUGAUACAGGAAACCUCUGAUGAGCGAUCAAAGAGCAUAGUGGAUCAAGAUUGGAGCUGGACUAAGUAUGAGUCUUUGUCAGUGAAACUACAAAACUUAUAACCGACCAGCAGUCAGUGUCGAGCUCGGUCUGUUGGUGUGGUAACACUAAAGGAGUUUGAUGCUAAGCCUGGUCACCAACAUUAACUGAAUGUUUUCAUAGAAACAUGCUUGUAUAUUUCUAUGAAAAUUUACAUCUGUGCUGUUCUGUUCAGCUUCCACCAGUUGCAUCGCCAAGUUGUAAGUUCUGUCAUGCAAUAUUACAUGGACAUUUACUAUUAUAGAUGUAUUUUGAUUUACUGAAUUGAGCGAGUAUGAAGGAAAAUAUGAACACAUGUUGUAUAAUUGUUUUUUCUUUAGAUUUUCUUUGUUUUACUUUGGUGAAAAGUUCUAUCUUCCCCUUCUGUCAACUUAAAGAAUUUAUAUCAUCAUAUAGAUGAAACUGACAUC